CUUGAGCUCCAAGACAAACCCUCCUUUUGACAGCUGGACGUUAAUCGCCCGCCUUCAAGCACAAGACAAUGGGACAGAGAACAAUUGGACACAAACACAGUUCAGGGCAGAGAAAAGCGGCUCUUGUUCGUGGCUCUAGGGACGCGGGUUACGUCCGCCCGAUAACAAUAGACACAGCCCGGGGCUCGUUAAACAACUUGUCACUGUAAGCCUGCCAUUGAGAGAGCGCUCUGUGUGCGAGAGACAGAGAGCCGCUGGGCUGGCACGGGGCAGGUCCUAGCUCCCUGAGGACCUCCUGAAAUCAACCCCCUCCCCCACCGAGACACCGCCGGGGCAAUCGAACUGGUGGAGGCUGCCACUCCGGCCAAGCUCGGGCCGUCGCACGAUCUACAGUCCCGCUUUCCUACCAGCCUGCUCGGCUCGCUGUGGACGAGGACACCCCACCCCCCCCCCAUGAGGACGCCUAUCAUGCUGCUAACUCUGGCCUGUGGCUGGAGCCUGGCCCAGGCCGGUCCGAUAUACUACACGGCCCAGGGGGGACACUAUACCGAGGACCUCAGGCAGCGCACCCGCGGAGAUCAAGCCGUGCUGGGGUACGUCCGGUACCUGGAGAACUCUAGCCCGAGCGUGGUGACGUCCCGUCGAGGGGCCAACGCUACGUUACCCUGCCGCAUGCGGUUCGUGCCCAACGGAUACCGGGUGAAGUGGGUAAAGGUGAACGGGUCGCCUCUAGAGAACAUUGUGCUGGUGGGUAACAGCCUCCAGCAGAAGGGCUACGGGGCAUUCGCCAGGAGGGCAUACCUCCGCAGACUCGACAAGUACGACGUGUCUCUGCUUUUGCUCGACGUCCGGCUGGAAGAUGCCGGGAAGUUCAAGUGCGAACUCAUCAACGGCGUGGACGACGAAGCUGCCGAGCUCGAGCUGCAGCUCGAUGGAGUCGUGUUCCCUUACCAGCCCCGGCAGGGUCGCUACCAGUUCAACUUCUACCAGGCGGUGCGGGCGUGUGCGGGCCAGGACGCCAAGCUCGCCAGCUUCCAACAGCUAUUCCAAGAAUGGGAGCGGGGCCUGGACUGGUGUAACGCGGGCUGGUUGGAGGACGGCAGUGUGCAGUACCCGGUGAUGGAGCCGCGGGAUCAGUGCGGGGGCCGCCAUCUUCCCCCGGGCAUCAGGAGCUACGGACUGCGGAACAAGCAGCGGGAGCGCUACGACGCAUUCUGCUUCACAUCCAGCAUCAAGGGUUACGUCUAUUUCCGGAAGAACUCCCAGAUGCUGGACUACCGCCGGGCAGUGAGUGUCUGCCGCAGUGAAGGUGCCACCAUCGCCAAGGUCGGACAGCUGUACGCUGCCUGGACUUUCUCCCGCCUGCACCGCUGUGAGCCCGGCUGGCUAGCCGACGGCAGCGUCCGCUUCCCCAUCGUCACCCCGCGCGCCCAGUGCGGCGGUCCAGAGCCGGGGGUCCGCACCCACGGCUUCCCAAACCGAGCGCAGCGUCAGUACGGCGUGUACUGCUACAAGCGGCGGUAGGAAGCUCAUCCCCUUGGUACGGUCCGAGACGGAGCAGCAACCCGCAGAGGUGCCGGCCGAGGCAGCUGGAAUUCCUCCGGGCAUUACACCGGAAUCCCUUCAUUCGGAGCGCUGACCAGACCCAGAGUGGUCGGUCGGCUGCUCGAAUCUGGUGCGUGGCGGAUCCAGUUAAGGCCACGUCCAUUUCUGUAGCCCUUUGCCCCUCCCUCCCCCAAACCCUGGUAGGCAGCUCCUGCCUCCCCCUCAACCCUCUGUCAGGACGCCCGCAGGCAAUAACAGCACUCUGCAUUCAUCUAGCACAUUCCACCAACCCCUAAGUGGCCCAAGGGAUAAGAAAUUUUGGGGGGCUGAGAAGGGGGUGCGAUAAGGAUCGUCAGAGAGAGAUGGAGUAGAGGGACAGGACGUUUGGGGAGAGAGAGAGAAAGGGGGGAGUGAGACGGAGAGAUGGACAGAGAACGGACGGAUUGGACAGAGGGAGAAGGAUGUUGGAAAGAAUGUGUAGGAGAGCGAGGGAGGGAGAGAGAGGGGGGAUAAAUACAGGGGAGUUUGUGGGAAAGAGAUAGAGAGGGGUAAAGGAGGGAGUUUAUACUUGGAUGUUUG